UUGCAUGCAGGGUCUGACAAGGAAAUGCUUUUACUUUCGGUUUUUUCUCGCAGCACUGUGUGUGUGUGUGUGUGUGUGUGUUUAGAUACACUCUCACUCGUCGUCUUGCGUUUUGACACAAAACCAGUCAUGGAAGAUGGCAGAGAGCUUAUUCUGUUGCAGCCAGGAGGGACUGAGAUUAUGAAAAUAAGUUCCUCUGCAUUUUGCAGUGGGCUUGAAGGAAAAUUUGGUUGUACAGCUCAGAUCCAGAAUCUGGAGGAUCAUGGAGCUUCAUCCUUUUCCCAACACAAACCAACAAUCGUGCCUGAGAUUAAGUACAGCAAACAGCUGUUAAAGGGCCUGAAGGUAUCGGUGUGGAAAGAUGAUCUUACUACACAUAAGGCAGAUGCUGUGGUAAAUGCAGCAAAUGAGCAUUUAAGUCAUGGAGCAGGACUUGCUCAAGCACUGAGUCAAGCUGGAGGUCCUAUGAUCAAGAAAUGGAGUCAAGAUAUCAUAACUCAUAUGGGGAAAGUUCCCACAGGUACAGCUGUUGCAACACCAGCUGGAAAUCUCCCUUGUAAAAUGAUCAUACAUGCUGUUGGGCCCUGUGUCUCAUUAAAUCCAACAAAACCAGAACUUAUUCAAGCAUCAGACCUUUUACAUGGAACAAUUUGGAGCAUCUUGCAGAAAGCUGAAUUUGAAAAACUGCAGUCUGUUGCAAUCCCUGCAAUAAGCUCAGGCAUUUACAGUUUUCCACUGCAAAAAUGUGCUGAAAUCAUUGUACAUACCGUGGAGAAAUUCAGUUAUAAACGCAAUCCAGGAGCCAGGAGCCUCGAGGUCCGUCUAGUGAAUCAUGAUGAUGCCUCAGUUCAACAGAUGCACAAAGCUUGCUGUGAAAUUUUGGGGCAAUCUGAGCCCAUUCCAAUUCAAAACCAGGGCAAUGCACAAACCCAGUCUGUAGUCUCUCGUCUGGAUCUGGGGGACAUAACUCUGUACCUCAAAAAUGGUGCCAUUGAGAAUGAGACAACAGAUGUGAUUGUGAACACCAUAGGUGCAGACUUAGAUUUAACAAAAGGACAGGUUUCAUCUGCGCUACUGAAAAAAGCUGGCUGGAUGAUUCAAGAUGAAGUAAAAAGGCAAAAACAUGGUUUAGAGGGUGAUGUUAUUGCAACUUCUGGCUAUUACCUGAACUGCAAGGCAGUGUACCACACUGUCUGUGCGCCAAAAGACCAAACAAAGGCCCAUAAGAUUCUUUCCUCUGUGGUCACAAAUUGCCUUAUAAUGGCAAGCACUAAAGGUUGUUCAUCCAUAUCUUUUCCUGCUCUCGGGACGGGCAACCUUUGCCUUCAAAAGGAUGAAGUUUCUCAAACUAUGACUAAUGCGGUCGUGGAUUUUUCUAAAACCUAUCAUGGCUCAAAAAUAAAAAUAUUUUUCGUAAUUUUUCCAAAGGAUACUUUGACACUGAAGGCUUUUGAAAAGGAAAUGACUUUACUUAAAAAAAGACAGCAGACCUGGCAAACCUCCAGGAGCCCCAAAGGAAAAAGUUCAGGUUUUCCUGACACACGGGGAUUUGAAACAGCACCUUACAUUGAGCUCUUUGGCCCCUCUCCAGAAGCACUAAGAGAGGCCAAACGGUGGACAUAUGACAUGCUGCAUUUACACUCUGGCACUCUGAAAAUAGACAACAAUCACGUUGUGCACCUGAGCCAGGAGGAUCAUAGAAAGCUGAUGUCCCUUCAGGUUUCAUUUAAUGUCCUCAUCACAGAAUUCUUUAGGGAAGGCAAAGGCGGAAUUAUCAUAAAUGGCGAGCCUGUAGGAACCAGUUGUGCAGCGUUGGAGGUGGAAGCCAUGUUAUGCCAGGCCCAAGAGGCGUUUGCUCGGAGUGAAGAAAAAGACAUGCAGGCCUACUUGGGCCAUGAUGAUUCUGGGCAACAACAGAUUGAGGGGAUGUCAAACAGGUCAUAUCAGAAGACAUGCAUAGACCUCCGUGUCGCUGACAAGGCAAUAAAAGAAAAGCUGAAAGCCUUUGCAACAUGUGGUCUGACAGUUGUGAAGAUAGAAAAAAUCAAGAACGAUGCACUGAAGCAGCUCUACAAAUUGAACAGCCAACGCAUACAGGAUAAACCUCAGAGUCUGUACCAGUGUGUGAAAGCACAGUUCUGUGAUCUGAUCUGCAGAGUGGGCUUCCAGAGGGAAUAUGCACCACCUAAAGAACAAAAAUAUGGAGCCGGAAUAUACUUCACCAGUGACGUGAGCAAAGCAAAAUCACUGUGGAUGAACAAUGAAGAAGAGUAUCUCUACUUCAUUGAAGCUCUGGUGCUCACUGGGAAAGACACACUUGGUUCACCAGAUCUGAUUGUGCCUCCUCCAAAAGGAAAAGACCCUCUGGUGCGUUAUGACAGUCUGAGCAAUGAGAAGGACAUCUAUGUCAUCUUCAAUGGCCAACAGGCCUAUCCUGAGUUCCUGAUUACAUGCAGCAGACAUGCUGCCUAAACUCAUUUUUCACUUUUUCACUCAAGCUUGCAUUUUCCAUGAAGAAAAAUGAAACUUAAAGCUCGUUAACUCUAAUCAACAAAACUGUUAGCAUAUGGGGAGCAAAUAGAUAAACCCAGUAUUUAAUUCAGUGAACUUCAAUUAGUUUUAUUGUUGUAGUGAAAAUGAUUUGGGUUAUACUUGUACAUUAUGGGGCGGCAUGGUGGUGUAGUGGUUAGCGCUGUCGCCUCACAGCAAGAAGGUUCUGUGUUCGAGCCCAGCGGCCGGCGAGGGCCUUUCUGUGUGGAGUUUGCAUGUUCUCCCCGUGUCCGCGUGGGUUUCCUCCGGGUGCUCCGGUUUCCCCCACAGUCCAAAGACAUGCAGGUUAGGCUAAUUGGUGGCUCUAAAUUGACCGUGAGUAUGAAUGGUUGGUUGUCUCUAUGUGUCAGCCCUGUGAUGACCUGGUGACUUGUCCAGGGUGUACCCUGCCUUUCGCCCGUAGUCAGCUGGGAUAGGCUCCAGCUUGCCUGCGACCCUGCACAGGAUAAGCAGUUACAGAUAAUGGAUGUAUGGAUGGAAACUGGAAGCUAAAUUAGACAUUAUGACCUACACAAAAAGUUAAAUUAUUAAAAAAAGAACUAAAGAAGGCAUAUAUAUAUUGCCAAGCAGGACCUUGCUGAUUGACUUAUACAUUCUUUGUGAUACUCUGAGCUCUCAGGUUUUCUUUUGUCCUUUUUUCCUGCUCAUAUAUUCAUUUUACUUUCUAAGCUUCUGCCUCUGUUUCAGUUUCAUGGAAAAUUAGUUUAGGGCUGACUUAUACAUUCAGGAAUUGCAGUAAUAUGAGUAGAUUAAAUGCAUUCUACGAUAUUUGUUGUGUUGGAAGUUAAAAUAAAGUGUAACAUACAUAUUCACCUUAAUCAACAAAUACACUGUGGCCUUUAUAGUAAUGCUGUUGACCCUCUUGCUGUGAUUUAUAAAUGUAGGCACUACAUUAAUGAGAAUAUUUUAGCGAACAGCAGCCUUUCUGGAUUUAUAUUCAUUCUGAUUGCACUCUUUUGUGAAGCUACAGCAAUAUACAGGACUGUACAAAAGUCUUAGGCACAUGUAAAGGAAUGCUGUGACCAAAAAUGGCUCAAAAAUAAUGAAAUGAAAUGUUUCAAGAUUAACAAAAUACUAUAAACAGCAGUAAGCCAUAAUAAAUGAAACAAAGUCAAUAUAUUUGGUGUGAGACGAACCUUUGCUUUAAAAAAAAGUAGUCGCAGGUACAAUGAGUGCAGUUUUAUGCGGAAAUGAGCAGUAGGUUUUACUGAGCAUCUUGUAGAACCAGCCACAGUUCUUCUGGACACUUUGACUGUCACACUUCCUUCUUAAUUUUGCAGCAAAACCCAGUAGACUUCAUUAUGUUUUCUUUUUUAAUCUGAAAAGUGGUCUGUUAUGGAAUAUGCUGCUCAGAUACAAACUUUUUUUCUGUAACAUUUAAUUUUGGUCUUGGGGGAAAAAAAACUAAUGUUUGGAACUCUAAAAUGUUUUUGAACUGUUUCGAUAAUGUCAAAGUCAUGAAAUAGACAUCUAUAGCAAAGUUUGUAUGAAAAAAGGUGCCUAAGACUUUUGCACAGAACCGUAUGUUUUAUUUCAUUUUCAAUAAUGAGGAUAAUUAUGCUGAUUAGGUGAUGGUUUGAAAGUGUGUGGUGUUUUCUGGUCUGUCUUUUGAUUACAGCAAUAAAAUAUAACAGAUUUCAUAUUC